AUAAUUUCUGUCUGUUUGAAGUUGGCAGCCAAAAGACAAGCACAGGAGACAGACUCCAUUGUGUCGCCGGAGUUAUCGCCGUUCUGUCUGAAAGCAGGAAGUAUUCGCCGCAGUAGAAGAAGAAGAUCUCACAGGACUCUUUCAGAAGAGACAGCAGCUGAAGCUGCUGAGGAGAGGCUGGAGCCAGUGGAUGAAAUUGUGCCUCCUCUGUCCCCUCUGCCAGUCCACCCUCUGCUGGCCACGCUCUCCUCUCACCCCCUCAGCACCAGGAGAGCCAGCCAGAACAGCAUCUUCAGCUCCUUCCGCCCUCGCAACAACUCGGAGGCUGACUUCGCGGACGACGAGUACAGCGUCCACGGGGACGUCUUCAGGAGUCGCGCCAGUUCAACCGUAACGCCCUGGAAGAAGAGGACGGGCAGCGUCAGAAGCCACUGCUCCCAGGUGUUGACCCCCAGCCUCAACAUCAACGGACGACUCAACGUCUUGCUGGACCAGAACGGCAUCGCCGCCAUGGGUCUGCUCACCCCGACCUGCGUGCCGACUCACAGCAUGGAGAAGUUGAAGGAAGAAACAAAGCCAUGCAGCGGAGUGGAUCCGGCCCCCAGGCCUCUGCUGCAGCCUUCGCCCAGCGUCACGGAGCGCUGCUCUGUGCGCAGGAAACGAACUCACAGCUCCUUCAGCUUCUUCAGCGACGCCAUGGAUGAGCUGGAGGAAUCAAGGCAGAAGUGCCCCCCUUGCUGGUACGCCUUCGCCAAGAAGUAUUUGAUAUGGGACUGCUGCCCCUGGUGGCUGAAGUUAAAGGAGUGUGUGAAGUUCAUGGUGAUGGAUCCUUUCCUGGACCUGGGGAUCACCAUAUGCAUUGUGCUGAACACCCUGUUCAUGGCUCUGGAGCAUUACCCCAUGACUGAUGAGUUCAACACCAUGCUGUCAGUGGGCAACCUGGUUUUCACAGGGAUCUUUACAGCUGAGAUGGUGUUGAAGCUCGUUGCCCUGGACCCAUAUUACUACUUCCAGCAGGGCUGGAACAUCUUCGACGGCGUCAUCGUCUGCCUCAGUCUGAUGGAGCUGGGCCUUUCCACAGUGGAGGGACUGUCUGUCCUGCGCUCUUUCAGACUGCUAAGAGUGUUUAAGCUGGCAAAGUCCUGGCCUACUCUCAACACUCUCAUCAAGAUCAUUGGGAACUCUGUGGGCGCCCUGGGGAACCUGACGCUGGUGCUGGCCAUCAUUGUUUUCAUCUUCGCCGUGGUGGGCAUGCAGCUGUUUGGCAAGAACUACCAGGACUGCGUGUGUAAGAUCGCCUUUGACUGCCAGCUGCCCCGCUGGCACAUGAAGGACUUCUUCCACUCCUUCCUGAUCGUGUUCCGGGUGUUGUGCGGCGAGUGGAUCGAGACCAUGUGGGACUGCAUGGAAGUGGCCGGCCAGCCUCUCUGCAUCCUGGUGUUCAUGUUGGUCAUGGUCAUAGGGAACCUGGUGGUGCUGAAUCUGUUUCUUGCCCUGCUGCUCAGCUCCUUCAGCUCCGACAACCUCUCCGCUCCUGAAGAAGACGGGGACCUGAACAACAUCCAAGUCGCCAUCGGCCGCAUCCACGCCGGCAUGUCGUGGCUCUGCGGGAGCGUCGUUGACCUCUUCAGCCACGGCUUCAGGAGUCAAAAGCAGAAGGCCAAAGAGGCCGGUCAGGCUGAGCAGAUGGUCGGAAAUCACAUAGAGAGCAACGGGGGGAUAAUCGGAAGCUACGGAGAAAAGUACAUCCUGCCUGAAGAGGAUAGUUACAUGACCAACCCCAACCUUACCGUCGUGGUUCCCAUCGCUCCUGGAGAGUCCGAUGUGGAGUUUCUGGAGGAGGAAAAUUCAGAGUCGUCAGAGGAUGAGGACAAGCCGGAGAAGAUCAGCCUUUCGGAGGGCAGCACCGUGGACAUGAGGAAGCCUGGAGAGGAGGAAGACGACCUAUCGGAACUGGACGAUGACAGUAUGGAGCCGGAGGAUUGCUUCCCAUACUUGUGUCUGAGGCACUGUUCGUGCUGCGACAUCGACACCAGCCGUGGCCUGGGCCAAGCCUGGUGGAGGCUGAGGAAGACCUGCUACCAGAUCGUAGAACACAGCUGGUUUGAGACCUUCAUCAUCUUCAUGAUCCUGCUCAGCAGCGGGGCUCUGGCGUUUGAAGACAUCUACAUCGAGAGGAGGAAAGUCAUUAAAGUGAUGUUGGAGUACGCCGACAAAGUCUUUUCCUACAUCUUCGUCCUGGAAAUGUUCCUCAAGUGGAUAGCAUAUGGCUUCAAGAAAUAUUUCACCAACUACUGGUGCUGGCUGGACUUCCUCAUUGUGGACAUCGCCACAGACCGCACUAUUGUUAGGGUGUCUCUGAUAAGCCUGGUUGCAAAUUCACUGGGAUACUCGGACUUCUCCGCCAUCAAGUCACUGCGAACCCUCCGGGCCUUGAGGCCUCUCAGAGCACUGUCCAGAUUUGAGGGCAUGAGGGUGGUGGUGAAUGCCCUGAUCGGAGCCAUUCCCUCCAUUAUGAACGUGCUUCUCGUGUGUCUUAUCUUCUGGCUCAUCUUCAGCAUCAUGGGAGUCAACCUGUUCGCUGGCAAGUUUGGGAAGUGCGUGAACAGAACGGGCUUUAUCCACAGCGUCUCGGUGGUUAACAAUAAGUCUGAUUGCCUCGCCAUGAACGACACGCAGUUCUACUGGACAAAGGUGAAGGUCAACUUCGACAAUGUUGGACUCGGCUACCUUUCCCUUCUGCAAGUGGCAACGUUUAAAGGAUGGAUGGAAAUCAUGAAUGCUGCCGUUGACUCAAGAGGAGUGGAGGAGCAACCCAGCAGAGAAAUCAACCUCUACAUGUACCUCUACUUUGUCAUCUUCAUCAUAUUCGGCUCUUUUUUUACCCUCAACCUCUUCAUCGGGGUCAUCAUUGACAAUUUCAAUCAACAAAAGAGAAAGUUAGGUGGACAGGAUAUUUUCAUGACUGAGGAACAAAAGAAGUACUACAACGCAAUGAAAAAGUUGGGAUCUAAGAAACCUCAAAAGCCAAUCCCAAGGCCUGCGAACAUCCUCCAAGCCUUCUUCUUCGAUCUGGUGUCCAAGCAAGCCUUCGACAUCAUGAUCAUGAUGCUCAUCAUCGUCAACAUGGUGACCAUGAUGGUGGAAACCGACGAGCAGUCGGAGCGGAUGGAGUCUGUCCUCAACAUCAUCAACCUGGUCUUCAUCGUUAUCUUCACAACCGAAUGCCUGAUUAAGCUCUUUGCUCUCCGAUGUUACUUCUUCACUGUUGCAUGGAACAUUUUUGACUUUGUGGUCAUCAUUCUCUCUAUUAUUGGGAUUGUCCUCGCUGACAUCAUUGAGAAGUACUUUGUAUCUCCAACGCUGUUCCGAGUCAUCAGACUGGCCAGGAUAGGACGUGUACUUCGACUUAUCCGUGCAGCCAAAGGAAUAAGGACUUUACUGUUUGCCUUAAUGAUGUCCAUGCCAGCACUGUUCAACAUCGGCCUCCUGCUUUUUCUCGUAAUGUUCAUCUACGCCAUCUUUGGCAUGGCGAACUUUGCCUACGUGAAGAAGCAAGACGGGAUUGAUGACAUGUUCAACUUUGAGACCUUCGGGAACAGCAUCAUCUGCCUUUUUCAGAUCAGCACCUCAGCAGGCUGGGACAACCUCCUGAGCCCCAUCAUGUCCAGCCCCCCGGAGGAGUGCGACAUCAACUUCGUCAACACCGGCACCAAUGCCCGCGGAAACUGCGGGAACCCAUCGGUGGGCAUCGCUUUCUUCGUGAGCUACAUCAUCAUCUCUUUUCUCAUCGUGGUGAACAUGUACAUAGCCAUCAUCCUGGAGAACUUCAGCGUUGCCACCGAGGAGAGCACAGAACCUCUGAGCGAGGAUGACUUUGAAAUGUUCUACGAGGUCUGGGAGAAGUUCGACUCUGAGGCCACUCAGUUCAUAGAGUUCUCAAUGCUGGAGAGGUUUGCCGACGCGCUGUCGGAGCCGCUGCGGAUCGCGAAACCCAACAAGAUCCAACUGAUCUCCAUGGACCUUCCCAUGGUGAGCGGGGAUAAGAUCCACUGCCUGGACAUCCUAUUUGCGUUCACAAAACGCGUACUGGGGGAGUCGGGUGACAUGGACACCCUCAAGCAGCAGAUGGAGGAGAAGUUCAUGAUGACCAACCCGUCUAAGGUCUCCCACGAGCCCAUCACUUCGACGCUGCGCCGCAAAAUGGAGGAGGUGUCUGCGGUCAUCAUCCAAAGGUGCUACAGGAGGCAUCUGGUGCGGCGGCAAAUGAAGCAGGCGUCUUACCUCUACAGACAAAUCAACUACGAGACGGCGGUGGAUGUGGACAACGCUCCAGAGACGGAGGGGCUCAUAGCGUCCAUGAUACAGCACUUCGUUCCCAUAGCGAUACAAGUCGAGCAGACAGCGGAAGACUCGCUGCUGUCCUCACCGCCAUCUUACGACAGCGUGACUUGGGGGGCCGGUGUAAGCCCCUCUGCUACAGUCAGAACCGCAUCUCGAGGCCCCGAAGUCGGGGACCCGACCGAAAACUACGAGGAAACAUUUCUUUGAGACUGCAUCGAGACGGAUUGAAUCGAUUGAGCAAUAAUUCAUGUUAAACUGAUUUUUUUUAAAUGGUUUUAUAAGACGCAGAGGAUAUAUGCAAUUUUUUUAAAGUACAGUAGCUCACAGCCUCUAUUUUAGUAGAAAGACGAUCCUGAGUAAAUGUAACCUUCACAUCGACAAUAGGUUCUAUAGUUAAUAUUUUCAAAACGCCUCUGGGAAAGUUGUAGGGAUGUUUUUGGUCAAUCUUACGGUGAUAUGAAGGUCAGCAUUUAAAUUCCAAACUACAUCAGAACAGUGAACCACUCCAUGUGCAGUUUUUACAUGAAGGGUGCUUGUAGGUUACAGGCAGUCUCAUUGUUUUAUACUCAACUUAUCUGCACUUUAACCAAAACACUGGAUGGUAAUUUUGUUGAUUGUAUUAAAAAGUAAGUUCUUUAAUUAAUAGUCCUCUAAAGUUUCCCAUUCAUUUGGCACUCGUAGAUCUGCGAUAUUGGAGCAUUUUCAAUGUAAAGGGAUGAUGCUGGUGAAGGGGAUGCAAAGCGCUUUACGAUGCAUUUCUCCAUUUUGUUCAGAUCUCUGUUGUUAGGUUGCCUUCUCCUUGGUUGCUGUGACUCGUGUGAAAUGCAAAAAUGUAGAACGUUCAAACUUUCAAGCACAUUUGUAUCAACCAAACGUAAAUGCUUUGUCAAAAAAAAAAGAAAUUGCAUAAU